UUAAAUUACAUAACCUUGCUGUCAUAUAAAAAAUCUGUACCAAUCUGUACUUUUUCACAAAAAUCUGUAAUCUGUACCGUACAGAAUCUGUACCAGAAACACUUCAAAAAUCUGUACCAUUCUAGAUAAAUCUGUACUUGUGGCAUCACUGCUGGUAGAUGAAAUUAAGAAGAGCAAGAAGCCUGUUGUCUCUUCUCUUAGAUUUGUAUCAAGUCAAGGUGAUGUUUCGUUUUUCGAGCUGCAAUUCGCUAGAGUUUGUAUAAUAUUUGGUUAAUGAAUUGACUAUGAAAUGGAUCAAAUUACGACAGAGAAAGAUAUAUCUGCUUCAGAGUGUUCUAGUAAUUCAUCGUGGGAUGAAUCAUCAACAUCCGUUUCUAGCGUUUCGUUAAAGGAUUCUUCAAGGCAAUUUGAGUCAACCAAAAUAACCACCGAAAUCAUAAAAUUACCGAAGGACUUAUGUGAAGAUCAAGCUAUUUUCAGAGAAUUUUUUUCUCUGGAUACAUGGAACUGCUUGUCCAAUCCUAUACAAAAACAUUUAUGUUCGUUUUUGCCGAUGUUCACCGGUACUAUAGAUUAUGAAAUAUUAAACACAAUCGAAGCCCUUUUUAGCAAUAAAAUCACUAGAUUUGACUAUUGUCCACUGAAGAAGCUACAAAAAGAUGUAGAAGAAUGUUAUUGUAAACCUGAAAUAGCGUUACUGCAUGCAAGUGUCUCCAAAGCUGAACGUCGUGAGCAACGCUUUCAGGAAUGCGAUAGAUUAGGAUCGUUGGCCCAUAAGGUAUAUGUUUCACGUGAAAAAGUUCUGCAGGAAGUGUACCAUAGUGCAGGAUAUCCUAUAUUAUCUCAAAUGUAUGACCCUGAAGAUUUGAUAUAUUCAACAACUGCUUUGAGAGCAAAAAAAAGAUUUUUACGAGAGAUAGCUUCUGUAACAGAACAGUUUGGCGGAAAAGAUGUAUUAUCGGACGAGGAUGCUGGUAUAUCAAAUGUUUUACCGAGAAGACAACGACGAUUGUUUGGAACACAGCAGGGAUGUAUAUCCAGUUCUGGAACAGAUAAUCGUAUAGCCAAUACUUUUGCGUACAAGGAUGAUCAUCCAACCACCGGACAUUUAAUUGGACCAAACGGAAAGUUUUUCAUUUCAGAUCACUAUUAUAGAAAUAUUUUAGUCUGUCACAAACGUCGAAAAAUUGAAGAGCCGGAUAAUCCAGAGUUAGAUUGUAAGGACAUUAAACUAAAAGACGUUGUUCAUCGGACGCAGGCUUCAUCCGGUUACCGUCGCAUAAUGCCUUUACCAAAAAUUAUAGUGCCUGAUGAUGUAAUGAACUGUAAUGGCCAAACUGAAUGUUGUGAAUCAACUGUGCUGGAUGUGAUAGCACCGGUGUAUUCCAUGGAUCUACCACAAUACAGGGAAAACCAGCCGAUAUCAGAUGACAUGAAGAAGUCAUCUUACGAAUACUCUCCGAAGUUAAACUUAAUCAAUGAGGAAACUUGUCAAAGCAAUAUAAUACAACAACCAUCUAACAUCGAUGGGGAUAAAUUCGUUACAGAAGUACAAAAAGAUAUGUCCCAAAAUAGCAUAGAUUCAUCUUUUCUGCACUCUGAAAAUGGGACGUUCGAUGUCAUAUGUGACGAUUAUAGUAGUUUUCGCAAUAUAGAAAUGAAGAUUGAUCCUUCCCUCAAAUCAGCCUAUGAAUAUAAAGGUACAAGACAAACAGAACCCUCGCAUGAUAAGAAUUUUACGUUAACUGAGAAAGUCGAAAACAGUUUGUCGAACCAAUCGGCUCAAAGGACAACAUUUGAAGAAGCAUCAUUGGAAUCCAGCUUGAGCGUAACGCAGCAAAUUGUUGAAAUAUCAUCGUAUAGUAAAUCUAUGUCCGAGAUGAUGCAAGAGACCCAUAAGUGUUUUUUAUCACUCGUUCGUGACAUUUUUUGCUCUACUCCGGACCAUAGGAUGGCAAUUGAUGAACUCCAACAUAACUUGAAAUUGUGGUUGAGUACACCGAUAUCCACACUUAACGAUUGGUACCAUUUGGUAGAAGAUAAAUGGGAUGUUCUGUUACAGUCAGCAGUUUGGUUUCUCUCUGGGGAAUUCCCUAAUCAGCCUGAUGAUUUUGUUCCAUACAUUGAAUAUAAGGUUCAAUUGAAUAUAUACCAAUGGAUAGGGGCUUCAAGAGACUCGGAUCAUCGAUUAUUAAUUCUUUGCCGCUAUUGGCUUGGAAGAAAACAUGAAAUGGGGAAUUUUCUGUCGAAUCAAUUAGAGGUUUCCAGCUCAAAACAAAAAUGUUUAUUGGCGAAUAAAAACAGCUUUGUUGACGAUGAAGACGGGUCGUCAGAACAAACAAUUUCUCCGCCUCCACCUCGCUUUCCGACUGAUUGGUCAGUAAGAAAAGCAACGGAGACAGAAAUAAUGCUUUUUCGUGAUCAGGAAAAACGUCGCUAUGAAAAUCCGCAUAUGGCUUUUACUUAUAAACAACAUUUUUAUAACAGUGUUGUCGGUCCUGUAAAAGGAAUUUAUACGCAAGUUCCCGGAAUAUCUAAGGCAAGGGGGCAUAACAUGUUGAUCGCUGAUAGACCAAAUUUUGUUACAAUACUAACAUUAGUGCGUGAUGCUACUGCUAGGCUACCUAACGGUGAAGGUACAAGGGCCGACAUCUGCGAACUGCUGAAGUCUUCACAAUAUAUCUCACCUACAGCAACGGAUCAAGUACUUCAAACUAUUGUAAGUGGCGCACUCGAUCGAAUGCAUACCGAGCAUGACCCUUGUGUAAAAUACGAUACAAAGCGAAAAAUUUGGAUUUAUUUACACCGUAAUCGAACUGAAAAAGAGUUUGAACAGCUCCAUCAUCAAUACCAAGGUAUUGCCAAGCACAAAAAAAAUGUUUACCGAAAGAGUAAAUUUAAAGACUCGUCUGAAAUAUCAUUAUCUGAUCCGUACAUCAAGUCUAAUUCUCAAUCAUCAUUUGAAAGUAUGCAUUCAGAAUCGAUAACUGAAUGUAGUAAUAUUUCUCGAAACACAGUUGUAGAUUCUGUAACAUCUGUUAAAUUGUCAACAGAUAGCUCAUAUUCCAGGAGAAGCCCAUCAAUUAAUGCUUUAGAAUCUUCAAUUAUAUCUUCAAAAAUAUUAACAUAUCAGUCAACGAUCUCCGGCGAUGCUUUCGAAGAACUUCAUACAAAUAAAUUAAAACCGGAUGAAGAAAAGGUUCGUAAAGUCUCGUGGAACGGAGAGGUUCCUCUCGAAACAGUAUUAUGUAAUAGUUCUAAAAACCUUCAACAUAUCAAUGAUACUUCACCUUUGCGCAUUAGUUCCACGUGUAAAAUACGUACUUUGCCGCCGUGCAAUGCGCAACCGCAAAUCGAAACUGUGCCAGUUAAACUUGCGACCACUUCAAACGUAAGCAAUCCGCUAUCGGCUAUAAGUACACCUAAUCCAAUAAUACCACGAAAUGGUGCUUCUCUAAAGCCCAUCAUUCUUGAAAGCAUUCCAACUACUGUAUCUGCGAGUAAUAGUUCGACUGAAACCCUACCAUUUAAUGUGGAUGCGACUCCUGGACAUAAUGAAGGAAACCGGUUAAUACAUAAUUUCAUGGUACCUGUUUCUUUCAAUACAGAUAACGUAUCGAACGACAUGUUAAAUCCUCCGAAUUUAUUUUUGGAAUCUAUAAACCAUAGCAAGAACAACAGCAGCUCUAGAACACCCACUCCAGUUGUAUUAAAAUCCUCAUCGCUGCGGCAUACCACAAAUAACAUACCACUUUUGACACAGACCAAAGACAACAUUCGUCUUGUACAUUCAGAUUCUGUUGUGGUAAUGUCAAACAAACAAUUAAAAAAUACAUCAACUAAGGGCGUAAUGCAAAAUGAUUCGGAAGCAACUGUUUCACGAUCGAAAACGGGAAUAAAUAUACAUCCUAUAACGGAUAUGAACAAUACAGUAAGUGUUGCAAAUGUACAACAAUCAAUUUUGACUCCAGCUCAACAGAAACAAAUUUUACAAAACCUACUAGCGCAACAGAAUAAACAGGUUCUGGUACCUAGAUGUCUAACUGGUCUUCAGUCAGUUUACACAAGUACUAAUACGACAUCGUCAAAUUUUAUACGAGGAACAAAAACAGUCGCUAAACAACUUCAUGAGAUGUCUACAUUGGAACUAUCAAACCUGGUAUCAACACCUGCUGUGUUGCUUCAAUCAAUCGACACGGAUGUUGCUAGUUCACACGUUUUUCACAUACGACCUUCAAAUGCUAUAAUUAGUGGUACUACUGAAGCUAACAUAAACAUGCCAAAUGCUACUCAAAAUGAAACAAAACAUAAGCAAAAGUUUCCCAUCUCUAGAUAUACUAUACAGAAUGAUGAGUUAAAAAUUUUACCCAGUAGCAAAGCUGUAGCAAAUCAAAAACCAUCAUCAGUUUUAAUUUCAUCUGUAACAUCAGAAACUGCGAUAACAAGAGCGAUUAAAUCAGCCACAUUUGUAAGCCAACCAGCACUAGGAACCUUGCGAACUUCACUGACUAAUAAUAUAGGACAAAAUGCAAGUCAGGUAACAGGCAAAGUUGUGAAAACUGUAGGCGAUUGUCAAAUUUCAUCACUCGACAGCUUAUUGCCUCAAAAGCGGCUAUCAUCUGAAAUAGGCAUACGUUUUGCUGAACAGAAAACGCAAUCUACUCAUUUAGAAAAUAACUUAACAAAUAUUGACAAAAAUGCUGUUUUAACCAGUAAUUCCAGCAUAAUAUCUGCUGUACCAUCUUUCAAUAAAGAUACGACACAAGUGUUAGUAACCAGCACCGCCAACAAUCUUUUGGGACCCAAAACGGCACAAGUGUGCAAUGCAAACCAGAUUUCAACUGUUGAUGGUAUGACCAUGUUAGGCGAAAAUGAAAAUCGAUUAAAUAAAGACACGUCGUCAAAUACCGAACAUGUCUUUGGGAAAACAACGAGAACGUCGAGAAACAUAGCUACGACAAUUGGUGGUACAAGCUGUAUCAAUUCUCACUCGGAUUUGAGGCUUAUCGAGGAUAAUCCUAUUUUAAUUGCAAGCAAAUCUUCUGUUGAAAUAGAUGCAGUUCAACAAAAAAGCUCCAACAUAGGGUUUCAGAAAGCAAUAUCUCCCAGCAACUUGCUCAACAUUAGAUACAGCGAGCAGACAAAGAAUGUUCAAGGAAAUAUAACAUCUCAGGCUAACAGUUCGGUAUCUCAGAAACUUUUGCUGGGCAAUCAUUUGAUGAAAAUGCGGACGGUGCCAAGACAACACAAUCAAAUGCAAUUAUCAUUUUCUAAACAACCUAGUGGUGAUGUAGCAAUUACUAGUGUGCCCACAUCGGUCCACCAUCUCGCCAACAUAAGUGUAAAAGGAGUAUCGCCCGAUCACCAAGAAAAAUCAUUAUUUAACACAUUAUCAUUGAAAGGAUCCGCAGCGACAUCAGGAGAAGAGACGGUCUCAAAAGUUGGAAUUCGUAUGAAUCAACAAAUGCAACGUGUUGUGCUGGCCAGUCAAGGCAGACAUAUAGUCACGCAACAGAUUAUUGUACCUUCUACCUUUCAAACUGGACCGUUUAAUAUCAAACACCUCAAGGUUAUCCCUGUAAACAGCCAACAAAAAGGAUCAAAAGUAAAUUCUCCAUCGAAUGUAACAGUACCACACAUCAACUCGCCGACUGCAAUUACAGUUAGCAAUGCAGCAGGAGAAACAAGCAGUGAAGAUCAAAAGUAAAUUCUCCAUCGAAUGUAACAGUACCACACAUCAACUCGCCGACUGCAAUUACAGUUAGCAAUGCAGCAGGAGAAACAAGCAGUGAAGUAAUUCCUAUUCAUAAUACUAGUGUUAGUGAUAGUGUUGAUAUGAGCAAUUCAGUCGAGUUGAGUCAUGAUUCAAAUUCUAUGUAAGGAAUACGAUUGUAUGUCGUUUCACGGAAUACUAUUUCCCGGAAUGCUAUUUCCUGGAAAACCAUUUCCCGGAAUGUACCAUUUCCCGGAAUGUGCCAUUUCCCGGAAUAUCGUUUCCCGGAAUCUACCAUUUCCCGGAAUACCACUUUCCGGAAUGUACCAUUUCCCGGAAUACCAUUUCCCGGAACGUACUUUUUCUUGGUAAUUUGUUAUACUAUUAAAGUCUGAAAUUCUUUGAGAACAUUUGGAUUUAGAACUAUGUUUCUUACCAAAUAUUUGUUUGUUUCCCUUCACAGCUUGUCGUUGCUCGCUGAUCGUGUUAGUGAUAAUAAAAAAACAAUUCUCAUGCAUAUAUAAUUUUAUUUGAAAUCAUUAUCAAUCAAUCGAAGGUCUAGAAAACAGCUUAUGCUAAAAAGAAGGCGAAAUCAAAGAAGGUCGUAAUUUCAUUUAAAAUUAAUAACAUUCCAAAAAUAUACUUCGAAAAUUUUAAAGAAGGCAAAUCAAUUCCAUUGUAUUUAUUGUAUUUGAAUCAAUGAAAUUCCAAAUUUAUUUCCAUUGAUUUGGUCUUAUUCCAAAAAAGGCUAAAUCACAUAGAAAUUUUUUAUAUGAAGUGAAAUUUAAAAUAACUGAAGGCGUUUUCAAUGCACUGGUGCUCUAAAAAAACUGUAACUGUAAACUUCAUUUAGAUUACAAUAACAUUCUACUAAUAAUUCCAAAGAAGAAUGCAUAUUUAUAAGAAGGCAGCAUCUCAGACAGAUACAUUUACAAUCUGUAAAAUUUCAAAGGUUCUAGAAAUAUUUAUACCUAAAUUUUAGAAAAUGUUUAUAUGUUUUCGUUAUCUUUUACUUAAUCUUAAUGAAAAUCAAUUAAUGUAUUCAGGGCAGUUUUAGAGUACUACUAAUUGGUUAUCAUAAAAAUGUUUCCAACGACAUGGAAAACAGCCUUUUCAAUUUCAAAGAUGGUGGUCGCAUUUCGAGGCGUUCUAAACUGAACGUUAAGGAUUUACACCAUUCUAGAGUACGGCAUAAGCAUAUUUCAGAUAUUUUUCUAUACGUAAUAAAGAGAUUAAUCAAGAUCCCAAAAGAUGGGAUUCGUAAUCCUAGUUUCAUAUAAUUUGUUCAGCAUUUUCCGGCCAGCACGUUUAAUUUUAAUUCGGGCCCGAAAUCUAUCUCCUGUGAUGUUUGAUCUACUGCCAAAAACUAAAACUUUUAUCCAAUUCCAUAGAACGAUAGCAAGCGGCUUACAUAGGAUUUUUUUCGCUACUUUAAUUUUACGCGAAACGCUGAAAAUGUCAUUAAAAUCAACACCCCAUCAUUUACGUCUUUUAAUUUUAUUGCUUUCGUUUCUCUUAGUCUUAAAUUUGCCGAAAAUAGCCAACAAAAUCGAUACAGACAUCAUUUAUUUAGAAAGAAACUAAAAUCCUUCGCACGUCACUGGAGAAAAUAAUUUUGAAUAUGCUGUGAAUCUACAGUGCUGUAUUAUGCUUUUCACCAUUACCAAGCGACGGAAUCGAUUCAAAACAGUAAAAGGAUUGAAAAUAUACCUUUUUAACUGAAUCCACAAAAUUUGGAACAAAUAUCAGGCAAAAUAUAGAGCCUGUUGGUCAGGAAUUAGACGGUACUGAAUUUAUUCACCUCUUCAUUUCCGGCGGUGGGAAAAUUGGAAAGUAUUUGUUAUUAUUUUAGUACUUAUUUAGUCUAUUGAUAUUCCACCCAAAGGAGUGCUUUUUAUUCCCCACUCGAUUUUUUAAAUCCCCCCAAGUUUAUUUUUGGUUCAAAACCAAAAGUCGUUUAUAAGCUGUUCAUAUAAUGAUCAAUAUAAAUUAAUUUUUCUAACAACGCGGAAUCGAAUGGGUUAAAUCUUUAAAAUGACAGUUUCGCAAUCUUGUCGCUAUCUUUUAGUGAUAAACACAAUAACCACUCAAGAUUAAAAAUUUAAAAAUAUUUUCAAAAAAACUUUUCAUGUUCUAAAGUAGGUAAAAUCUCCUAGAAUACAGUUAGCUACAUAACAAGUCUUCUAAAAAUAAGUUUGGUCGGUGAGGUACGAGGUUUUUAUAUUUUCCGGGAAAUGGUAUUCCGCGAAAUGGUUUUCCGGGAAACGGUUUUCCGGGAAAUGAUACAUUCUGGGAAAUGCUUUUUCGGGAAAUGGUACAUUCCGGGAAAUGACGUACAACCAAAUAAUACUAUUAUAUUAGGAUAUUGCAUAUUUUGUCUACUAGUUAAACACAAAAAGAACUAUAUGAAUAAAAGUUAAUGGUGACAGGUGUCAUGCA